GAAAGGCUUUUCACAGGGUUAAAGAGUGUUUAUGGGGAAUUGACCAGUCUUUCAGACACGCGUUUUGAGGGUAACACACUGAUGUUGGCUGUGGCUCACAUCUAGUUGUCAGGACUCUGAUGGCCUUUCAGUUGCUUCAAACAUGCUAAUCCACGUCUUUAUGAACUUUGCAUUGUAGACUUGUCAAUCACUGUGAAGAAUAUGACUUGGAUGCAAGUGCUCAAUGAUGGAGGCAAUCUACACACUUUUCUUAUUAACAUGAAGCUAACCUCUAAAGUCAUGAAGGCCUGUAGCUAUUGAUUCAAAACGUUGAUUAUUUGUGGACCAUGUGACAUUCUUUAAUGUUAGAAGAAUUCACUGAACGCUGAGUGCAGCCUCUUCUUUUUGCAAAUGUCCUGGAUCACAUUUGACCUCUAACUGUGUUCAUAUUUUUAGUGCACCCCUUUUGAUUAUUUCAAAUAGAUGAUUACAACCCCAGCCAUCAUGAGGCAUGGCUCAUGUAUAUGGAAUUGCCUGGUGAGAUAUUUGAAAAACAACUUGGUAAAUCCAGAGCAGCUGAUUGCAUUCUAAGCACGCAGGCUGUGUUGUCAUUGCGGUGUUGUUACCAUAGCAGCGACGUGACGCCAUACCUUUUUGCAGUGAUUUUUCUGGACUUCCUCUCUCUACCCUGAAAUAAAGCGCCCUCUUUUCUCGGCUGCGAUGAAAACAAAGGAAAAUAACCCAGGAUUCUCCGCCGCUAACGGGUUACUGGCUGAGAUUUGGUCCGUCCUUCCCCGUCGGGCAGCACCGCGUCCCGCUAAACCACCGCCGGUGUCACACGCAAGCGCGAAAAUCUGACGUGAUACUCGUGCCACCGUCCCAUUCAGCCGCUCGUCGGGACCCUCCCUUCAGACAGUCGUGCGUAUGAGCUGGUACAGAGACAACUGCCUCCCUCCUCCGACCCCUCCCCCGGAGCUGUGGUUUAACACCCGCUGCAGGUUAACGGAAGGAAAUCAAUAGGCAAAGCGACCUGGAUUGAUUUCCUGCGGCAAUGCGAAGAUGGCGAGAGUCCUUAACAACUUGCUGUUAUUUCUGAUCAGACUUGCGCUGAAAAUCAGAGUUUGGGGAUACUGGUCGCUAAUCUACGGUUAUUGUGCUCUCUGCACCACCGCAGCCCUGCUGAAACUUUGCUGGAACAUCGUGCUGAGACCGACAACAACCUUCCAAUGGGGGAUACGUGAAACUCCCCCGGCUUGUCUGAAUGACACGUCCUUGGGAACUCAUUGUUAUGUUAGGAUCAAGGAGUCUGGCCUGCGGUUCCACUACGUUGCUGCUGGGGAGAGAGGAAAGCCCCUCAUGCUGUUUCUGCACGGCUUCCCCGAGUUCUGGUUCUCCUGGCGCUACCAGCUGCGUGAGUUCAAGAGCGAGUUCCGUGUGGUGGCCGUGGACAUGCGCGGCUACGGCGAAUCCGACCUGCCGCUCUCCACGGAGAGCUACCAGCUGGACCACCUGGUCACCGACGUGAAAGAUAUCGUGGAGUACCUGGGGUACAACAGGUGUUGCCUUGUGGGCCACGACUGGGGUGGAACCAUAGCGUGGCUGUUUGCCAUACACUACCCUGAGAUGGUGACCAAGCUGAUAGUCCUGAACUGCCCCCAUCCUUCUGUGUUCACAGCUGCCCCGCUUCCCAGAGCUCAUGCUCUCCAUCAACGACUUCAAGGCCCUCAAAGCCUUGUUCACCAGUCGGAGCACCGGGAUCGGCAGAAAGGGCCGAUGGCUCACUGCAGAGGACUUGGAAGCCUACAUGUAUGCACUCUCACAGCCAGGAGCUCUGACAGGAGCUCUCAACUAUUACAGGAAUGUCUUCAGCUCGCUCCCUCUGAGCCACAAGCACGUCAGGUCUCCGGUGCUGCUGCUGUGGGGGGAGCGGGACGCAUUCCUGGAGCAGGAGAUGGCCGAGGCGUGCCGCCUCUACAUCAGGAAUCACUUCCGUCUCAAUAUCAUAUCCGGGGCCAGCCACUGGCUGCAGCAGGACCAGCCCGACAUUGUCAACACCCUCAUAUGGACCUUCCUGAAGGAGGGAGAGGGACGCAAGAGCUACAGGAACUAAACCCGCACCGCGCCCCACGUGUCCCCCCCUAACGCCCACCUUGCACCGUCCCCACUCUCCCGGAAGCCUUGAAAAUGCCUGUGAUACCAAGCAACAUAGUGAUGAUGCAAUCAUUCUUUAAAUUUUUUCACAUUUUAGAUAUAUUUUUUAAAAAAAGAAGUCAGCGAAGAAGAAGGAGAAUCAAAGCACACCUCUCACUCAAGAGGAGAGGACACAUGUUUUAAGAUAUUUUUUGCACAUGACAGCGACAUAUCCGCCUUAAAGUUUUGUCGGUUCCAGCAUUACAAAUGUGUGGCGAAAUCUUUUUAUUUAUUUAUUUAUUUUGUGACCUGUAUUGUGUGGUGCCUUUUAACUUUGGAGCUGUCGCGGUGUGAAGACGUCCCGGGGCGUCGCGGCGUGUCGUUGUCCACUGUUCUCGUGUCGCUCCGCUGUAUUUCGGGCACAGUUCUCUGGGAGUCCCCCGCCUCCCAGGGCUUUGUUCAUCAGGUAGUGUUUGUCAAAAUGGAGGUUUCUUUUUUAGUAUUUUUUUCCCCUCCCUCAAAUAUCUGCUCAAAUAUAGAGAAUGUUAACUUGAUCUUCCUGUAGAGAAAUGUUAAGUGACGGUUGCCUAUUGUACUAUUUUGUAUCUCUUCCUACACGCUGCAUUUGGAAACUCACUGAGCCAGGUCGAUACUGUUUGAUUUUCUAAAUAAACUGAAUAAGUGUC